CCUCUCUUACCAGGUCACCGGUGCAAGUCUCCACUACACCUCGCUUCGCAUCUGCGGCCUCUUGAGCUUCUUUCACUUCAGCAGUGAGGUCGGUAAUCUGUUUCUUGGUCUUGUCCAGCAGGGAGUUCGACUCCACCACAUGGGUCAUGUACUCCCGCAGCACGUCGCUGGUUACCCGGUGCUUGACGUUCUGGAAAGAGGCGUGUUUGGCUAAUUUGACCUCCUCCUUUUUCUUGUGGUGAAUGUAGCCUGCGAGGCCUAGGCUGCACACCACCAACACAGUCAACAGUAAAGCCUGGCUCCUCAUGUUAACUGCUAGAUUCAGUCAGUCGGUCAGUCAGUCAGUCUGAGCAAGGCGCGAGACUCUAUGCAAAGUACUUUCCGUCUGUUAUAGUUACAGCCUCAGUCUCGCGCACUUCUGCAUCCUGUCACUUAACGAGUUCUCACGAACUAACUAGAUUCGUCUGUUCACCAUUGUUAUCAGUUCAUCCUCGAACUCUCUCUCUUUCUCAAACUGUAUUAAUUAUGAACGACCGUUAAUAACAGCCUAACCACACCGUCUUCUUCCGCGUUAAGUUUCCUUCCUCCCCGGGUUGCUAAUUUCAGCGCCUGAGAGCUGUCCGUGUCCGAAGUCCACACCAACGAAGAAAUAGAAGGAGAGUAAGUAAGGCGGAGGGUCGAGUUUGACAGGUAAGGCAGGAUUCUCUGUGGAGGGUGGGAGGAGGAGGAGGAAAGGGAGGGGAGUGUAGUUGCUGACACCGAGCUGCUGCAAUGAGAGCUCAGUGACUGACGGAGAGAACCUGAGACACGUAGAGAUCGGGGGAAAAGGACUCUAUUCACUUACACUUUCUCCUCCCCUCCGGUCAUCUCUUUUGUGGACCUCUCGUUUGUCUCCCCCACCUCUCUCUCUCGUGCAAGAUGAAGGCGAUGAUGGUGGUGGGCUUCUUGUGCGUGUGUGUGCUGAUUGCUGUGGCCUACCAGGCCUUUCAGCAAGAGUUCACCAUCCGCCGUCUGAGGUCGCAAAUAACGUCAACCACUGAACAAGUGAAGGCCAAGGAGGAUGAAAUAGUGAAAGCCAAGCUGAAGAUUCAGCAGCUGAAUGACGAGCUGACACCGCUGAACAAAAAGAGGGAUGAGCUGGUGAAGAAGAAGGAGGAACUGCAGAAGGCCAGUGGUGAAUCUGAGAAGAGCUUGAACACCUGCCAGAAAGAAAAGACUGACUCUGAGAAGAAAAAAACAGAAGCUACUGAAGCACUCGAGAAGCUAAAAAUCGACCAGAAGGCUGAGGAGGAGAAAACUCAGGUGGAGGUUCAGAACCUACAAAAGCAAAUUCUGGACAGAGAUGCCAAGAUCUGUGAGUUUGUGGAUGCAGACAAAGAGGAAGGAAGGAAAUUGUGUGAGGGCAAAAAGGCUGCUCGGUAAAGUAUAAUGAAGACAAAACGGAAACUCAGGAAAAACUCUUCCUCUCAAUAGUGUAUUAAUGUACAGCUUUUCCUCUCCAUGUGUUGUUCUAAUGCUGUUCAUAAGAAAACCAAAGUAAUGGAAUUAAUUUUGUAAUGCAGAAAAUAAACUGUAGUUUAAUUAAGAAAA